AUGGCGCAGGCCUUGUCCGAAGAGGAGUUCGAGCGCAUGCAGGCCCAGUUAUUAGAACUUCGAACACAGAAUUACCAGCUCUCUGAUGAACUCCGCAAGAACACAGCUGAAUUAAAUGGGCUCCGACAACGGGUCGCCUAUUUAGACAAGGAAUUUACUAAGGCUCAGAAGGCUCUGAAUAAGAGUAAAAAAGCUCAGGAAGUGGAUGCACUGCUUAGUGAAAAUGAAAUGCUUCAGGGAAAACUGCAUAGCCAAGAGGAUGACUUCAGGCUGCAAAAUAGCACUCUCAUGCAGGAGCUCUCCAAGCUGUGCUCGCAGCUUGAGCAGUUGGAGAAGGAUAAUCAGAUUCUUCGGGAAGGGAAGACAGCGGUAGCCGGCGAAGGGUCGUUCCCAGCCAGCUCUGUGGAUGGCGAGCUGUUAAGGCUACAGGCAGAGAAUUCUGCCCUGCAGAAGAACAUGGCAGCUUUACAGGAGCGCUAUGAGAAAGAAGUGGCCCGGCAAGCAGAAAACCGAGGUGGCGGGAAAGGGGAUGGUUCCCUGGAUUCUUGUCCCACUGUGCCAGAGACGACUUCAGAACAGCCGGCCUUUGACAGUGACAGUAGCAGUGCCAUUUCCCAGCAGCUUCUCUCAGAGGUGGAGCUGAAACUGCAGACCGAGAGGGAAGAAAAAAUACUGCUGAAGGAGCAGCUGCAGAGCCUCGAGGCAUCCAAGACAACGGAGACCUCCCGCCUGCAGCAAGAGCUCUCGAAGUUUAUGGAGAAGCUUAAGAAGAAGCAAGAGAGCUUUGUGCGGCUUCAGACAGAAAAAGAAGCUCUCUACAACGACAGCAGGACCAAAAUUGGGGAGAUCCAACAGCGGAAGGAAGAGGAGCUCAAAUCUCUGCAAGUUCGUAAUCAGAAGCUGCAGCAGGAGCUCCAGACCACAAACCAGGGCUUCUUGGAAUUAAAGGACCAAUUGCAGAGUUGUCAAAAAGAAAAUGAAUUGGCCCUUCAGACUCUGCAGGACCAGGUUGCGUGCCAAAGUGCGGAGAGCCAGGAACAGGUUGAGACCAUUCUGUCUGAAAAUGAUGCUCUGAGAACCAACCUUGCAGCAUUAGAACAGAUCCAGACAUCUAAGACUCAAGAAAUGAAUCUGAUGCGAGAACAGGUGGCAGCAUUGGGAGAUGAGCUGCAGCAGCGUCAGAAUGAGAAGGAGGCGUUGGCUGCCCAGUGGGAUGACCUCAACACACAGUUGCAGGAGUCACUCCGGGGCAAUGCUCGUCUUAUGGAGCAAGUUCAAGAACUUGGGCAGGAAAAGGAGAGAUUAUUACAAGAGUUUGAUGAAGUAAGGAAGACAGCAGAGAAACGCAAGGCCAUGCUAGAUGAGAUGGCCAUUGAGACCCAGCAAGAAAAGGGGCGCCACAAGGAAGAGCUUAGUAAUCUCCGUCUGCAGCACGAGAAAGAGAUGCUGGCUGUGAGGGCGCGCUAUGAACGGGAGCUGCGGGAGCUGCAUGAGCACAAGAAACGGCAAGAGGACGAACUGCGUGGCCAGCUCAAGGAGGAGAAGGCUCGUAGCCAAGAACUGGAAUCCAUGCAGCAAACUGUGGAGGAGCUACGGCUGCAGAUCCAAUCCAUGGAUGGCACCAAGGGCUGGUUCGAACGGCGGCUUAAAGAGGCGGAGGAGUCGAUAGAGAAGCACCAGCUGGAACACAUGGAGGGCCUGAGAAUCUGCAAAGAGCAGCAUGCAGCUGAUUUACAGUUAAAAGACCAAGAAGUGGAAGCAACUAAGGAGAAACUGCGAGAGAUUGAAAAAGCCAGGAAUGAGCACAUGGACACAGUCAACCGGCUGAAGCAGGAAGUGAAGGACACAGUAGAUGGGCAACGGAUCCUGGAGAAGAAAGGAAGUGCAGCAUUGAAGGACCUCAAAAGACAGCUUCAUCUGGAAAGGAAGCGAGCAGAUAAACUUCAGGAGCGCCUGCAGGAGAUCUUGACCAACAGCAAGAGUAGGACAGGAAUCGAGGAUCUUGUCCUGGCAGAUAUCAGUUCCCCCAGUCGGACUCAGACGGGAGACAGUAGCAGCAUCUCAUCCUUCAGCUACCGUGAAAUCAUGAAGGAAGGGUCCGGGGCUGGCAGUAACAAGUCAACCACAGGAAGCCCACAGUCACAGUCGCAACCUCCACGGCCAGCCGACCUUUCAGAUGAGGAGAUCUCAGAACUGUUCCAGCGGCUGGCAGAAGUUCAGCAGGAGAAGUGGCUGUUGGAGGAGAAGGUGAAGCACCUUGAAGUCAGUAGUGCCUCCAUGGCUGAGGACCUAUGCAGGAAGAGUGCCAUAAUUGAGACCUAUGUGAUGGACAGCCGCAUUGAUGUGUCUGGGGCUCACGGGCAGGUUGAUCGAAGUAGCCUAAGUAGUGUCCUGCGAGACCUGGUGAAGCCAGGAGAUGAGAACCUGCGUGAGAUGAACAAGAAGCUACAGAACAUGCUGGAGGAGCAGCUCACCAAAAACAUGCACUUACAGAAGGAUUUGGAGGUCCUUUCCCAGGAGAUCGUCCGUCUUAGCAAAGAGGGUGUCCCGUCCCCUGAUGCUGAACCUGGCUUGGAUGAUGCUGUCUGAGCCUCAGUUCCACCUAUGAUGCCGUCCUCCAUGCUUGGCCCUUGG